AAGCAAUAUUAGAAGUACUACUCUCUUCUCUUAAAAUGGCAAGAGUCCCGGAGCCUCUAGUUGUUGGGAGAGUGAUAGGAGAUGUUCUUGAUUCCUUCACUCCAACAACACACAUGUCUGUCACUUACAACACCAAGCUAGUCUGCAAUGGACUUGAGCUCUUUCCUUCUGUUGUCACAGCCAAACCUAGAGUUGAGAUUCAAGGAGGGGAGUUGAGAUCUUUCUUUACUUUGGUGAUGACGGACCCAGAUUGUCCUGGCCCUAGUGACCCUUAUCUAAGGGAGCACCUGCACUGGAUUGUGACAGACAUUCCAGGCACUACAGAUGCCGCAUUUGGAAGAGAGGCGCUGAGCUACGAGAUGCCAAGGCCCAACAUUGGCAUCCACAGGUUUGUGUUUGUUCUCUUCAAGCAGAAACGAAGACAAUCAAUCAACCCACCUUCCUCAAGGGAUUGCUUCAGCACUCGAAGCUUUGCGGCUGAAAAUGACCUGGGUCUUCCUGUCGCUGCCGUUUACUUCAAUGCGCAGAGAGAAGGUGCAGCUAGAAGACGCUAGCCAGUCGCUACCCAAAACUCCUACAUCCAUAUAUAUGUUAAUCAAAUAAAUGUGCUUAACUAAUAUUCUCCCUAUUAGGCCACUAUUACGUACUUUCA